AUGGCCGAUAUCAAACCAGGCACCGGCGUGGUGCUGGACCACGACCUGCUGGGCGAGAAGGCUGGCGUCACCCACGAGGAAGCCAUGCACUUUGGCCAGCUCACCGAAGAGGAACGGGCAAUCGAGAAGAAAUUGGUCCGCAAGAUCGAUGCCAGAAUCAUGCCGUUGAUUGUACUUGUCUAUCUGAUGAACUAUAUUGAUCGGAACAACUACGCUGCUGCUCGGCUACAGGGACUUGAGAAAGACCUAGAUCUAAAAGGCGGCGAAUAUCAGCUGGGUCUAUCGAUUCUCUUCGUCAGCUAUAUCCUCGCCCAAGUGCCAUCGAAUUUGUUUCUGAACCACCUCGGCCGUCCAUCGCUAUAUCUGGGAUUUUUUACGACUGCAUGGGGUUUCGUGUCGGCCAUGACAUGCCUAGUCAAGGGAUUCGGUGGCAUUGUGGCGUGUCGAUUUGUGCUUGGUCUUGUGGAGGCGCCCUUUUUUCCCGGUGUCUUGUUCUACCUUUCCAAAUGGUACACCAAGAAAGAACUCAACCUACGAAUGUCCAUCUUCUACUCGGGCUCGCUAGUCAGCGGCGCAUUCGGCAGCCUUAUCGCCGCCGGCAUCCUCAACGGACUUGCUGGCAAACGAGGUCUUUCGGCAUGGCAAUGGCUCUACAUCAUCGAAGGAACCAUCACAUGCGCCGUCGGCCUGUUGAUCAUGGUAAUCCUGCCCGACUUCCCCGACACCUGGAAAGCCCUACCACCCGAGAUGAAGCGAGUAGCCAACCGGCGCAUGGCAAUCGAAGCAGCCGAAGCGGACGUCGACGUCGCCGGAUCCAGCAAAGGAAUGACUCAAGUCAAAGGCAUGAAAUUGGCAUUCACCGACUCCAAAACAUACAUGCUCGCCAUCGCGUACAUGUGCAUCACGGGCGCCGCCGGAUUCCAAAACUUCUUCCCGACAUUGACAGCCACGCUGGGCUACAGCCAUACAAUCAGCUUAUUGUUGUGCGCCCCGCCAUACAUGUUCAUGGUAUUUUACUCCAUGGCCCACAGUGUUGUUUCGGAUCGAUUCGGCAACCGGUUCUGGUUCUUCAUGUAUCCGAUCCCAAUCACGAUCGUUGGCUGUGUCGUGUUCAUGACGACCGAUUCAUUCGGACCGCGAUACUUCUCGUUGUUCCUGCUCAUUUUCAUUUUCGCCAUGAACGGAACCUGCUAUGCUUGGAUUGCCGGUGCUAUUCCUCGCCCACCGGCAAAAAGAGCCGCCGCUUACGCCUUUAUCAAUUCGAUUGGAAACUCUGCAUCGAUUUGGACUCCUUUCACUUACCGAACCCAGGAUCAGCCGCAUUAUCGGCUUGCGCUGGGUAUUUGUAUUGGGCUCCAAGUUGUUGCGGCCAUCAUGGGUCUGAGUAUGCGUAUCAAACUUACAAGACAGAAUGCCAGGCUCGAACGCAUGGAGAAUGAGGAUGUCCCGCUUUCGGAGCGCGAUCUCGCCAAGUUGCGCAAGACGGCGGAGAUUGAGGGCAUUGAUCUGGCUGCUGCGCGUAGGCUGCAGAAGGGGUAUCGUUACAUGAUUUGA